UAUAAGCAACAAUUUCUUCAUUUUCAUUUCAUCCAAUCUUCACAUAUCAUUUGUUUCUAUCUUCUAGAAACCCUAGAAUUCAUCAUGGAAGAGUCAGCUAAAGAUCAAUCCUCUGUUUCUGCCAAUGCUAGGCGAUCAGCAUCGAAACUUCUGCGAUAUCCGUUGCGAUCGGCAUCUAAAUCAAAGGAGGAGAAACCGCCUCUGACUGAUUCCUCCAACUCUUCAGCUAAUUCUGCAAGGGGAAGACCUGCAUCAAGUAUUAGUAAGAGUGCUGCUUCCCUUCAUCUCUCUGGUAAGGAAAAAUCUGCGAAGCCUCCAAGAAGGCUGUCUGUUCCCUCCAAGCCAAUCGCCAGCCCGGUUUCUAGACCACUUGGUACUAUAACUCCCAUUUCUGAGACUAGAGCAAAGAGAUCAACUAGUAACCAAGGAAAAUCAGAUACACCACUUUCAAUUGCUUCAAAGUCCUCAAUUAGAAGGAAAUAUGACCUUAUAUCCUCAGCUUCCUAUUGGCUAUCACAGAUUAAGCUUUCUGAAUCUGCUGCUAAGCAUUCAAUUUCCCUUGGCUUUUUCAGACUUGCUUUGGAGGCUGGCUCUGAGCCUUUUCAACGUUUGAGAGAUGAGCUGAAAUCUUAUGUGCAACGACACAGCCUUGUGGAACUUGAGGAGCCAGUGAAACAACUGUUUGAUAGCUAUAACAUUCUACAAGAUUCUCAGCAGUUGCAAGUCUCUGAGACUUGCUCUCAUGCGCCUAAAGAAGAGACAUGUUCAUCUAAUGAUGACAUACAUAGCUCUUCUUCUGUUGCCAACACUCAGAGAAAGCUAUCCAGAGUCUUGAAUAAAGAUUCAACUAAAACUGAACUAGUUAAAGAACCAAUCAAGGAGAAGACUUCAAAGAUUGGAAGCACACCUAGGACCCGGAAUUCUGUAAACAAAAUUGCUGCGACUGCUAAAUCUACACAAAAAGCUGGAAGUCGUACCACAAAAGAGAAACUUCAAAAACUUGUUAAGCCAGAACCAAAUAAGGAUCAGGUGAAAAGACAGGGAAGGAGAUCUGCUCAAGGAGAAGGGCCUGAUAAUGCCUGCACUUCAGAGAAAGUCCUCGAAGAAGAUAAAGAAAAUCUGGAUACUCCACAAACAGAAGUGAUUAGCACCUGAAAUUUUUAGCAGGAAGCCUUUCUUUUAGUAUAUCAUGUCAGAUGCCAAAAUUCAAGUGUCUGGAUCUGAAGUCUGCAUUCCAAAAUAUUGUAUUUGGUGUGUUUGUUUGUUUCUUUUUCUUUUCUUUUCUUUCUUUUUUAAUUUUAUUUACCAAAGUCAUUAUACAGCUGUCUAGUUUCGUAUUGAAAUUUAUGCUAGACGUACAGUGUUCUUUUUA